GUGGGAAACCUGACGGCCGCGGUGGAGCUCUGCUUCAAGAGUGGGAAGAUGGCCGAGGCCUUGCUUUUGGCCUCUGGCGGCGGCAUCACCCUCUGGACGCGCGCGCGGGACGAGUACCUUCGCCUCCAGGGUGACACCUUCCUGACGACGGUCGGGAACAUCAUGACCAACGACUUUAGCAAGAUGGUCGCCAACUCCAACUUGGCCCACUGGAUGGAGACCUUAGCCAUCCUGGCCACCUACUCCGCCCGCGAGUACCAGGCCCUAUGCGAACAGCUUGCUGAGCGCCUGGAGAAGGAGAAGUUUGAUAUCCGCUCUGCGCUGAUCUGCUACAUCUGCGCGAAGAACUUCCCCAAGACCGUCAGCAUCUGGGCCAUCACGCACGUGGCUUCCCAGGGCUCGCAGAACUUGGCGCUGCAAGACCUGGUGGAGAAGAUGGCGGUGCUCCAAGAUGUGACCAAGUUCCAGCAGUCCGAUGCGCUCUUCUCCCAGAAGCUGACGAAGUACGCGGAGAUCCUAGCGAACUCGGGUCGGCUCACUGCCGCCAUGCGCUACCUCUGCCUUCUUCCAGAUGACAACUCCUCGGCCACGCUUCGGGAUCGGAUCUUCAACUCUGCCCCCGCACAGAUGGGCCAAAUGCCGGCGGCCCAGAAGUGA